AUGACCGGGUCGUGCAACGGCUGGUGUGCUAUUUUGUUUUCCUGUAUGUUUGUGCGAACCUGGCUGCCGAAUGGUGGCGCCUGCCAUUUCACAGGUGAAACAGAAGAGGUUGAGAGCAGUUCUUCCAGUUCCGGAAGUUCGGACACCACAGAUAGCGAUGUCGACCCUACAUCUCCCCUGCCUGCUCCAGCUCGAGGCAAUAUCAAUACCAGUACAGAGAAGAAGGUGCCAAAGCAAACAAAGAUAGAGAUCAAGAGCGAAAGCCAGAGCUCGGAGGACAGAAACAGCAGCUCCAGCGGCAGCAGCAGCAGCAGCAGCAGCUCCAGCAGCGAGGAGGAUAAUGAGUAUUCGGACCUUGAUCCGGAAGAAGAACUGGACAAAGAAGUCGCAGGUGAAAAGGGGCUCAAGGACUUGAUUGUCAAGCAGGAGCAAGCACCAGUAGACGCCACCUAUCGUGGGAAUUGGGCAGAUGCUCCGCCAGUUGGUUCUCCAGGCUUCAAUCGUUUCGCCGGACGGGCCAUGUGGAAUGCUGGCAUUGGAAAAAAGAAGACAAUCUUGGAAGGCAAUGGCAACUGUCCACCCAUGCAGCCACAUCAGGAGGCUGUGGCUUUCCUUCUCCACCCGCAGUCCCCCGUCAUGCGAUUGCUCGUCGACCAUCCAACUGGGUCAGGAAAGACCAGAGAAAUGAUCAAGGUUCUCGACAAUUACUACUUGGAUCCACGCCCAAAGGUUCCAAUAUUUCCCAAGGAGCCAGUGUGCCGCAAUUUCUAUUUGGAGCUGCUCCGGUGGCCGAGCCGGUACAGAGACUUCUUUUCUUGUUUAAGGCCCACGGAUGCUGCGCGAGCUUGUGGAUGUAGUGAUUGGAGGGGUCGACGAGCUGAACUGUGGGACUUGGCAGAGAUUCCCGGUCAAGAGCUGAAAGAGCUUUGCAGAACGCUGCGGGAUGUGUUGGAGAUGAAGGGGUGGUUCUACAUGGGACGAAUGAGGAGGUCUCGACAAGAGGCAUUUAAGGCCCGCUUUCCGGAGGAAGCAGUCCCAGCGGCACCUUUGCGUGCUCUUCGCUACACAUCAGCAGGGGGGCGCUAUGCUGACCUGCGCCCAGAUGGGUGGCCAGCUAGUGCACUCCUGAAGGUGGCAUUCACCCGUGCUCGUGAUGGUGGAAAUGCUUAUUCGAACAAGGUUGUCCUGAUGGACGAGGUGCACAAUUUAGUACGAUCACAGACCCAAUAUGGAGAGCAACUUGCAAGGCUUCGAACCCUACUCUCAACUACAAGCAGCACGGUCUUGGCAGGCUUCACAGGCACACCCAUCCUCAACAAGGCUUCUGAAGGUCGCCAGCUCUUAGACAUCAUCAAGGGUGUUCGAUCUGCACGUGGAGAUGGGGGUUUUCUUUCUUCUUUUCCGAUGCGUCCAGCUGGCUUGUUCCCGACCUCCUUGCCUCGGGGUUUGCCUGAUGGUUUGCUCACACCCAACCUCCGGCGGCAAUUUGUGCGCAAGGUAACUUUGAUCGGAGAGACCUUGAAGCGCUAUGAUGCCAAACGGCGGAAAGGCUUGCCGGAGAGCAGGCUCAGAGCGUACUGCAAUCUUUGCGUACACUUUGGUAGCCUUCAUGACGGCAAGAAUGGCAGCAAGGCGAGGGUGCUGGCCAACAUGCAGACAUGUGCUCCCAAACUCUUUGCAAUUGCCAAAGAUGUUGCAGAUCACGAUGAGAAGGCUCUCGUACUCGUUGCUCGCAACUCUGGUCUCCUUGCCUUGUUGGAGCACUUGCGUGAGGUCGCCGCAAAUGCCAAGCACACAUUUGGGGUAGCAACGAUGGAGGAGUUGUCGGAGUUCAACUCAGUCAGCAACUUGAAAGGCGAACGCUUUCGUGUCCUUGUAGCUGAUGCAGGACAAUGCUCGGAGGGAGUGAGCUUCUUCGCAGUUCGAAGGCUGCACCUGGCGGACGUUCCAGCAACGCCAAGCGCCUUGGUCCAGUCGGUCGGAAGAGCUAUACGUAUGUACGGACACAGAGGUUUGCCCGAAUCGGAGCAGACGGUCACCACCACGCUCUGGGUAGCUGUUCUACCCCGAUGGAUGCAGUCCCCGCUCGCUGCCUUGGCCUUCCGCGCUCAGAAGCAGCGUGAAGCGCAGGACAUGGAGGCUGGAGCACGCCGACUUCUGAGAUCUUUUUUCGCAGCUGGCCUGAAGGACUUGUCAGCACUGAAAGCACGUAUUGACAGCUUUGGCGGGAGCUCGACCGAACCAUCUGGCGGAAAGGCACCCCUAGCACCCAUUGCUACUGCAAACUUCCUGGAGCAGCUUGGGCUGUGGGAGGAAGCGAAAUCAGUGAGACACCGUGUGCAAAGCCGACCUCAGGCUCGCAGGCACAGCCGACACUGCAGAGUCUCUGCCAAGAUGAUUCAAAAGGUCAAAGCGCCGAAGCUUGAGGUAAAGGAAGAGCUCAAGGUCAAGCCCGAAAUCAAGGUGAAAGAAGAGCUGGAGGAAAAGGUGCUUUUGAGGCCUUCCUCAACGGCCCGGCCAGUUGCAACACCUCAGGUGUCUUUUGACCAGCCUCUACGCGCGCUCCUCGACAAAUGCCCGCAGCCACCGCAAAGCUCAAGACCUGAUGUUCCUGGUCUUCCUCAAGACUUUGUGUGGGACAGAGAUCCUUUAGUAAGAGCAUUGCAGCAACUCUAUUCCAGAGCUUCGGGUGCCGAUGUGGAGAAGCACUUGCAUCUCAGCCCAUGGUCGGCAGACCAAGAGGCCAUAAAGAAUCUAGCCCGCUCGUCAAGGGAAUUUGUUCCAGCGCUUGAAGAGCUUCGCAGAAAAGCCGUGGACCGCGCGGUUUUGCUUGCCGCAGAGCGUCGCAAGAAGGUCAAGGAGCAAGAUGCGGACCAGGGUCACAGUGAAGGGGAGAGCAGCGGGCUUGACUUCAGCAUUAGCGAUCACAAUGGUGAAGACCAAACUGUUGCAACGAAGCCAGCUUUGCUUCUACCUGCCGGCUGGAGAACGGAAUCACAUCGGAGAAGGGGGCGAGAACGCCGUGUUUACACUGACCCCUUUGGUAGAACAUACUGGACGCUUGCAGACGCAAGAAAAGUGAUUGAUGCCGAAAGGACAAGACAGAACAUGGCCAACCUCCUCAAGAACAAAGCAAAGACCAAUUCAGAUGGGACAACCAAUUUAUUGACUUCUGGCGACAAGGUAAUGGAUCACGAUUCCAAACGGCAGAAGCUCACUUGA